AUGGAAUUUUCCCUCGGCGUCGCGGUGUGCACUUGGGUUGGAAUACCACAAUGUGAUACUGCGAGACUAUCGACUCUGACAGAUUCGCACAGAGUUAGACAUACGAUGAUUCUAUUUGAGUAUCUGUCGUUCUGGAGACUCGACAUCAUGUGGUCUCUGUGUAUCAACGAUCUUGGUUUCUCUCCCUGGAAUACCUGGCCCUAUAAUGCGCACGGUGGGGGACUUUUAGCUUGUAGUGCACACAGAGAUACUAGAUUUUACGUCACUAAGGAUAAUGCGGGGGAGAUGAGGCGAGAACGAGUGUCGGUGCUGGAAAGAAGUGCUUACCGAGUCUUGACACCGCAAUGUUACCGUGCCUGUUACCGGCAAGGUAUUGGUGAAAAGCGGGCGCUUCACAAAGGAUCAACCACCUCGAACUCAACCCAAUGCACACUCACCCUCGGCCCUCCUCCCGUCCUGUGUCAUCUGAGCAGACACCCUUCAAUCUCCGUCAUCGGUGACCGCAUCCCCCAAGUCUUUCGAGGUUCUAGCCUUGUGACGAACCACCUGAACAACCCAUAUGGAAUGAACGUGAACCUGACCCGUCCGGCCGAGUCCAGUCCAUUCCAAUCCUCUCCGGCCUCGCCCAAUGCUUGCCCCCCGGUCUCCGUUGUCCUGUCGCCACCUUCCUUUUCUCACCAUCGACCUCCCCUCCGUCUUUUUGAGUUUGGUUUUGGCUCCGCGGCGCAUCUGGAAACUCUGGCUUCCACAGGUACAGUACAAGCGAGCACAAGGUGCAACAAAGGCGGUCUCAGUAUACACAUGCUGACGGGGAGGAGCGGUCCAGACUGGAUGAGCAAGAGGGAUCGCUUCCAGACUGGUCAUCACACUCUACCCAAGCGGGGACUAUCCACGCUCUCGGGACCCCCAGGCUUUGGAACCUGCUGGGAUGACGAGGAAGCGAUCAAGUUCACCUGGAAAAGUAUCAACCGUCGCCAGUGCGGCAAGGUUGCGCCUGCUGUCAGCUUUCGGCUGUGGCUCACCAGAUACAGCGUCGAUCCUGUCACGUCUGGAUCUUGUCCCGUCGCUUCUCCUCAUCUCUUGUUGAUGGAUCGUAUUCAAAAACUGUCUAGUCGUACAGUAGCGCCCGCUUUUGGAUGA